AUGGGGGAGGCCGAGCGAGAGCCGAGUACCUCCGAGCGGGACACGGAAAAACCCGAAGUGGAGAGACGCGCGCGGGGAGCCAGACGGAAAGACCCGAAGGAGACCGGAAAUACCCGAGGUGAGUCGGCGGAGGAGAACACCGUUGCCGGAAGUUGUCGAGGAGUACCGGAGACGACCGAGCGUGAUCCAAAGCGGAUUCCCAGUGAUGGAGACCCAGAUUGCUUCCAAGUCCUGCCACCACAAAUCAUGA